GAUUGAUUAUAUUGUCGUAGUCAAAUAAAAAUGUUUGAAUUUGAACGCCGAGAUACUCGUACGUAUUCGCAUAUUCUCUAAUACAGACAUUAAAUUACUAUAUCAUGCAUCCUUGUACCAUAAUGAUAACCACAUCAAUGGAAAAGUCAAAUUAGGGCUUAGGUUUUGUUCCUGUCUGAAUCAAGGAAAUUUACAACCUGAAAAAGGAAAUUAAAUUGAGGUUUGUAUUCAUUCAAUGCGAUGAAGCAAUUGUGUUGUGACGAUGAUGUACUAGGAAGAAGUAGUAGUUUAGAGAAUGAAAUUGAAGAAAUAGAAGAGGAACAGGGGACUAAUGAUGGUUAUGUUCGGGCAAGUGAGUUGUUUGAGAUUGAUAAUAGAGGAGGGUUAGCAACAAUUAAAGAAGGCCAUGAAGUUGAAACUAGUACUUUAUAUUCAUUUGAUUUCCAUGACAAUGGGAAUGCUGUUGUCUAUGUUGUUGUUGGGAAUAGUAAUAAGAUUAGUAAGGAGACAAGUAUGGAUGCUCUUCUUUGGACACUCGAAAAUGUUGUGGUCGAUCCUUCUUCUACUAUUGUUUUCUUGAUUCAUAUCUAUCCUCAGACAAAGUACAUCCCUACUCCUUUGGGAUUGAUUCCAGUAGGUCAAGUGAGUGCAGAGCAAAAGGAGAACCACAUGGCUCAAGAAAGAGGCAAGAGGCGGCAGUUCCUUCAAAAGUAUUAUGAUGCAUGCGCAGCUACAAAGGUUAAAGUCGACACCAUACUUAUAGAGAGCGAUACAGAAGCAAAAGCCAUACUGGACCUUAUGCCCAUCUGCAACAUAAGAAGGCUGAUCUUGGGCACCUCUAAAGCCAAUCUCAAGAAACUAAAGUCGAGAAAAGGUAGUGGAACAGCGGAUCAGAUACUACUAAAUGCACCUGAAUUCUGUGAGGUUAAGAUAAUAUGUGAAGGCAAGGAAAUGGUUGAGCUGCAGAUGUUUGAAUCUCCUUCUCCCAAAUCCACUACUGGUAAUAGUCCAAAGCCAAUUCAGAGCCAUACCGAAGAUCAAAAUCAAGUUCAGAAUGGAUCCUUUGGAUGUGGAUGCUUCAAAGCCAGAGUCUAACAAUCUGCAUUAGCAUCAAACCCAAAAUUCAAGGCUCAAGGACUUACCAUAUCAUACAUAUGCAUGAAAGUCGGUAACUAUAUAUUGUACAUUGAGAAACAGUUAUUAUACACACCAUCGUUGAUAUGUUAUGUAAAGUUCUCUUUUUUACCCUGAUUGAAUUAACUAUAUAUCCUCAGGUCUUAGUAAG